AUGAUGAGCGACGGGCAGGCCCACGCCGCGCUGGCCUUUUUGAUGGCCGGCGUCAACGGGCAGCCGGCGUACAACAUUGACCACUUGAUACGGAACGUCGGCAACUUGAAUAACAUCCCCGGCCUCACCCAAACCGGCAUGGGAUCUGCGGCCGAGUCGAAUUCCACAACCCCCGAUGCCCCCAACCAGGCCCAGAAUUCCACACCGGAAGAGGCGUCAAUUUGCUCGGUCUGCAAAGAUGAGGCAUCCGGACGACACUACGGCGUCGUCGCCUGCUUCGGAUGCAAGGGAUUUUUCCGGAGAACCGUCCGAGCAGGCAAAGCCUACGUCUGCCGAUACGAGCAAAAGUGCAGGAUUGACAAAGCCGGCCGAAACGUGUGCCGAUCCUGUCGAUUCCAGAAGUGCCUUGAAGUUGGAAUGGAGCCUGAUGCCAUCCGUCCCGACCGGGAUAAGACUGGGCGCCAAAAGAACCCACGCCGGACAACCGCCCAGACACCGAUGCUGAGCGGCAACGUCAAGCAGGUCAACCAGAUCGACAACGAUGCAGAAGAAGACGGCCGAAGCACAGCCACAAGCAGAACAGAUUCAACGCCAACGCCCGAAGCCAGCAUCCUCGUCACCCUUGCCGAAGUCGAGCAGCUUUGCUUGAGCCUUCGCGACGUCAUCCCGGCCACGCCGCCCUUGAUUGCCACCUCGGUGUACGACUGCAUCCACAAGCCGUCAUUGGUGUCGCCCCGGACCAAGCCCGACUACACCGGCUCGGAUGGCAUGGUGGACUACCUGAAGUUUGCGCUGAACAUCAGGAGGCUGCUGGUCGGCGUCUUGGACUACAUGAACACGCUGAAGCCGAUCGCUGAUUUGGCGGAUAAGGAGCGGGUGACCAUCAUCCAAAACUGCGCCCCGGCCUACAUGCUCCUGAACUUGUUGCACAACACCGUCCACGCCAACCCCAACAACAACGCAAUUCUCUUUCCAAACGGCCAGUACAUGGCUGAUUUUGGUGACGUCAAAGACGAGCCGGACUUUGGAGAUGAGAAUCGGGACCCGGCCAAGGAAGAGCACGGUCGCUUGAGAAGGCUGCUGAUCCGCGACAUUUUGCCCGCCUUCCGGGAUCUUGAACUUGACGAGCAUGAGUAUGUGGCGAUGAAGGCUGCCCUGGCCCUCGACCCAAACACCGCGCAUCUUUGCCCAGAAUCGAGGAGAUUGCUGUCUGUAGCAAGAGACUCCGUCCAAUCCUCCCUCUACCAAUACAUGUCCGGCCGAGGGCCCGCCGAAGCCAUCGCACGCUACGGCAGAAUCCUAAUGAUGGGCGCCACACUCUCGAAAAUCGGCGAGGAGAAAGACCCCGUCGGCCGUACCAUGUUGCAACGAAUUUUUCUGAUUACACUUGCCUUGGCUUGCCUGGCCGACGGCUUCAUCCUACGCCAGAAACGUCAGACGAUGGAAUACCCUGAGGAGUUGAAGCAGUACGCCCUUCCGCACGCUGGUACCAGGAUCAUGGUCGGAUACGCAAAUCGAUAUGCGCCACAGGAUUAUCCAAAAUGGUACUCCCGUACGAUGAUGAAGUGGGGCGGAGAAAGCCGCAUGUCCCCCUACGAGCGAAGUGACCCCCAUUUCCAGCAAUUCAUGAUGGACAGCUUCCGGCAA